UGCCCAGGACGUCUUCCAUCUUACCUACUUACAAAUACACACAAACUUUCCGCAUCAAUUGCGCAACUCGCACCAAGCUUCUGACAGGGAGAUUAUUGGAAGUAUCUCAAGCUAGUCUGGAACUUUCGGUCCUCUCUAAGGCGCCGCAUUCGGUGUGAGGCUGCUAGGAAGAGCCCAGCGAUAGCAGCUCACCGCUCAAGAUGUCUAAACCGAAGCUGACCGAGCCUAUUCCGCCUACACCUCAGGCACUUAGACCUCCUUCCCCAUUGGAAGGCGACCCUGCUGCACCGAAUCCAAUUCCAAUCGAGGAUCAAUACAUCAAUGAGACUCUGGACACCACCCGGCGCCAGAUCCGGUUGAUCAAGGUCUACUACUGUGCUGCAUGGCCAUAUCCAGUGAACGAAAGCAUCGACUUUGGCUGCACGAUCCACACAUACGACACCGACAAAAUGCCACCCUAUAUCGCCCUUUCGUAUACGUGGGGUGCUUCACUUCCAGUACGCGAUGUCUGGAUCAACAGCAAACGUUGUGUUGUCCGUGAGAACCUUUACAACUUCUUAGAGUCUUUUGCUGAGAGCGAGAUGCACGAGAACGAGCAUUUGUGGGUCGAUUCGCUCUGUAUCAACCAAAGGGAUACCCGAGAGCGCAACCAUCAAGUUAGCAUGAUAGCUAAUAUCUAUCGCGACAGCCAAUUCGUCAUCACAUGGCUAGACGAGUCCUGCCGUCAGUCGCUCCAAAACAUCUUAAAUGGAUCGCCGUCGUCCAUAAAUCUUCAAGACAUUCAUCCAUCUGUACAGUCAAGGAUCCGUCGUGUGCUAGGACUUAAGCAAGAUAUGCCUAGCAUGUAUUCGCUCAAAACUGCCUUCAGAUAUCAAAUAGCACUAUAGCCUCGACCAAAUUAAGAUGAGCGAUGUUGCAAAGUAAAACAAGAGUUUUCAUCGGCUGCGUCUGCCGCCCAAUAUUUCGGUAUAGAACCGUAUUUAGGUCAGUACCGCAUGUCUUGUUCCAGCUGAUACGUGGCCCUCAAUCGACUUUCAGGCAUCCAUCUUGCACGA